UGGAAUGUCCCCACAAUUCCAGACUUUUGAUGGGAAGAUUUAUGAGAUCAGUGAAAUAUGUCAGGGUGGAAGUGACGGCGUUACCAUCGUGAGAUCUUUGGACUUCCAGAUUGACAUCCAGCCAGUUCCAUGCCAAACCCUACAGAGAGACUGUUCCUAUAUGAUCAAGAUGGCCAUGCCUGGCGGAACCCAGGUGACCAUUGCCCAGGGCACUGGCGUCAUACUUUCCCUGGAUGAUGUCACCAAGACAUUCACAACAGGAACACGGGAGUGGUACAAUCAAUUCUACAUUUCCAUCGACUAUGCAACGGUGUUCCAGGGACAUGGAAUUUCCAUCUAUCAUGAUGGAGGUCAAAACAUAAGGGUGGAACUGGAUAAAACAUUCAUUGGAAAUGUGUCAGGAAUGUGUGGCAACAACAACGGCAACUUGGAUGAUGACUUCCAAGAUAUUAAUGGGCAGGGCCUGAUGUCUGAGAUUGAGCUGUACAACAUGUUUAAGGACGAGAAUUGUCCUCCGGUGACAUCAGUGACGGGAGAGGACAAGUGUUUGGCCAACGAGAUAAGAAAACCUUGGGCUGUGAAGUCUUGUGAAAUAAUAAAAGUUGGGGCUACAUUCUCAGAUUGUCGAAAGAGUUUGACAAUCCCUGUUGUUAACAGUAUUUACGACCAUUGUGUACAGGAGGCCUGUGGUUGUGAUCGAGGUGGCGACUGUGAAUGUCUGUGUACGGCUAUAUCCAAUUUUGCUGACAUGUGUAACAGCGAAGGCUUCCCAGUACGCUGGAGACACAACAGACUUUGUCCAAUGCAGUGUGAUUACGGCAGCAAAUACUUGGCGUGUGGUCCCAUGUGCCAGGACACCUGUUUUGUGAAUUUGACCAACAGUGAAUGCUCUAGGUCAAUAUGCAUUGAGGGCUGUUUUUGUCCCAAUGGCACCGUUAUCGCUGAUCAUGAUGGCCCCGAGAUCAAAUGUAUUCCAAAAUCAGAAUGUCCGUGUGUGGUUGACGGAACACUGUAUAUGAAAGGACAGUACUUCUUGAAAAAUUGUAUGAACUGUUCGUGUGUGGGAGGUGAAAUCGCGUGUACCGGUCAGAACUGCACCGAGCUGUGUGACAAGUCCACCACCUACAAGUGUCUGAAGGGAAGAUGUAUUCCUCUCACCUCCUACUGUGACGGCAUUCUCGACUGUCCCGGGGGAGAUGACGAGAAGGGAUGUGGUAACUGCACCGAGUUUACCUGUGCUAAUGGUGACUGUAUCCUGUACACCGCUCUGUGCGAUGGAGUCGUAGAUUGUAGACAGGAUCAGUCUGACGAGAGCUAUGAAUUGUGUGGUGUGUGUAUUGGCAAAUCGUUGUUUAACUGCUCCACUGCCAAGCUGCAAUGUAUUGAUGCUUCCUUUGUAUGUGACGAGAAUAAUGACUGCACAGAUGGUUCCGAUGAAAAAAAUUGUACUUUUUGUGAAAAGGAUUUUAUACACUGCAAUAAGUCAGCAUGCAUUGCCAGAAAUUACACGUGUGAUGGCUUCAUGGACUGUGAUAAUGGUGUUGAUGAAUUGGGAUGCACAACACCACAAGUGACAUCCCCGUCGACGACUGUGUGUGACCUGGAGUGCCUGGCCGUGGGCACCCUCGAACCUCUGUGCAUCACCCCCGAUCAGGAGUGUGACGGAAUACAGCACUGUGAUAGUGGGCAAGACGAGCUCCUCAGUAAAUGUGUGUCAACUUCAACAGCAACUACCACUGUCCCUACUCCCACUGGAACAACUACUACACCAACAACAUCAGUACCCACUGCUACCACUGUUACCACUAUACCAACAACAGCCACAGUGCCCACUACCACUGGUACCACUGCAGCAACAACAGCCACGGUGCCCACUACCACUGGUACCACUGCACCAACAACAGCCACGUCAGCAACAACAGCCACAGUGCCCACUACCACUGGUACUACUGUAACAGUGCCCACUACCACUGGUACCACUGCAGCAACAGUGCCCACUACCACUGGUACCACAGCAGCGACAACAGCCACAGUGCCCACUACCACUGGUACUACUACAACAGUGCCCACUACAAUUGGAACCACUGCAGCGACAACAGCCACAGUGCCCACUACCAGUGGAACCACUGCAGUAACAACAGCCACAGUGUCCACUACCACGGGUACCACUGCAGCGACAACAGUCACAGUGCCCACUACCACUGGUACCACUGCAGUGACAACAGCCACAGUGCCCACUACCACUGGUACCACUGCAGCAACAACAGCCACAGUGCCCACUACCACUGGUACCACUGCAGCAACAACAGCCACAGUGCCCACUACAACUGGUACCACUGCAACAGUGCCUACUACCACUGGUACCACAGCAGCGACAACAGCCACAGUGCCCACUACCACUGGUACCACAGCAGCGACAACAGCCACAGUGCCCACUACCACUGGUACUACUGCAACAGUGCCCACUACCACUGGUACUACUGCAACAGUGCCCACUACAAUUGGAACCACUGCAGCGACAACAGCCACAGUGCCCACUACCAGUGGAACCACUGCAGUAACAACAGCCACAGUGUCCACUACCACGGGUACCACUGCAGCGACAACAGUCACAGUGCCCACUACCACUGGUACCACUGCAGUGACAACAGCCACAGUGCCCACUACCACUGGUACCACUACAGCGACAACAGCGACAGUGCCUUCUACCACUGGAAUUACAACAGCAACUAGUACCACAGAAAUAACAGUAGGAACAACAACGACCACUGUUCUCACUACCACUGGCACAUCAACAGCACCCACCACGACUACAACUACGUCUACAACCACUGUGCCUAGCACAACGGUUUUUUCAACAACUAUAAAGUCGGCUCCUGGCAAAGUCGAGUCUUCACCCACAGCAGGUGGCUGCCAGUCAUUGCUGGACUUUGAUGAGCUGAAUGUUGUUAUUGAAGCAAAUUUGACAUCGGUGUCGUAUUCUGGGACAAAUAUCACCUGGACGAUCCCGGAUCAUGCCGCGGUGGAGGUUUACAGUGCCGCCGUCGUGAUUCCAAAUACAUAUUUCACAUCACUGGAAAUAACUGCUAAUGCAGUGACAAUCAAAUCAAUUUCUACGUAUAUUAACAGUUUGCUGAUUUCUGUUACUCAAGACACAGAAGUUUCACAACUGAGCAUCACUCUGAAAAAGUUUGGAGACAAUCUAACAGUCAGUGUGGAAACAAAUGCCUCAGCGCUAUUUUCUCUAGAUCUAGCGGUGAAAGGCUGCAGUCAGCCAAUAGAAGUCCCAACCACCACCAGGCCACCUGUCUCUGUUCCAGGGCUACAAUGUACAGGAGACUUAGACUUGCUGUCCAAAGAUGGCCUGAAUCAAUAUUUACCCAGCAUUGUUGAAUUUGGCAGCACGUCAUCUGUGGAGGAAGUUGAAGUUGAAAUUCCAAACGUUGCUUUUUUUGAGAUCUAUGAUGUGGCCUUAGAAUUCUCCGCCAAUGUAUCUGCUUACAUUUUUGAUGGCACUGAAUUUGUUCCAAUGUCAGUUGAUGGUGGCUCUUCAUUCGUGCGGUCUUACUACAAUGAGCACGGUAUCAAUGUAACCUCACUCAAGUUUAAAAUUUCCAAGGAAACUGAGGGUGGAUUGGUCGGUGUAAAAGUUCAGUAUAUGGAGACCUGCAUAAAACUAAUCCGUGGCUGCCAGUCACUGCUGGACUUUGAUGAGCUGGAUGUUGUUAUCGAAGCAAAUUUGACAUUGGUGUCGUAUUCUGGAACAAAUAUCACCUGGACGAUCCCGGAUCAUGCCGCGGUGGAGGCUUACAGUGUCGCCGUGGUGAUUCCAAAUACAUAUUUCACAUCACUGGAAAUAACUGCUAAUGCAGUGACAAUCAAAUCAAUUUCUAUGUAUAUUAACAGUUUGCUGAUUUCUGUUACUCCAAGCACAAACAUUUCACAACUGAGCAUCACUCUGAACAAGUUUGGAGACAAUCUAACAGUCAGUGUGGAAACAAAUGCCUCGGCGCAGUUUUCUCUAGAUCUAGCGGUAAAAGGCUGCAGUCAGCCAAUAGAAGUCCCAUCGACCACCAGGCCACCUGUCUCUGUUCCAGGGCUACAGUGUACAGGAGACUUAGACUUGCUAUCCAAAGAUGGCCUGAACCAAUAUUUACCCAGCAUUGUUGAAUUUGGCAACACGUCAUCUGUGGAGGAAGUUGAAGUUGAAAUUCCAAACGUUGCUUUUAUUGAGCUCUAUGAUGUGGCCUUAGAAUUCUCUGCCAAUGUAUCUGCUUACAUUUUUGAUGGCACUGAAUUUGUUCCAAUGUCAGUUGAUGGUGGCUCUUCAUUCGUGCGGUCUUACUACAAUGAGCGCGGUAUCAAUGUAACCUCACUCAAGUUUAAAAUUUCCAAGGAAACUGAGGGUGGAUUGGUCGGUAUAAAAGUUCAGUACAUGGAGACCUGCAUAAAACUAAUCCCAACAACCACUGGUGCAACUACCACUGGCACAACUACCACUGGUACCACUGCAGCGACAACUGCCACAGUGCCCACUACCACUGGUACCACUGCAGCGACAACUGCCACAGUGCCCACUACCACUGGCACCACUGCAGCGACAACUGCCACAGUGCCCACUACCACUGGCACCACUGCAGCGACAACAGCCACAGUGCCCACUACCACUGGCACCACUGCAGCGACAACAGCCACAGUGCCCACUACCACUGGCACCACUGCAGCGACAACAGCCACAGUGCCCACUACCACUGGCACCACUGCAGCGACAACUGCCACAGUGCCCACUACCACUGGCACCACUGCAGCGACAACUGCCACAGUGCCCACUACCACUGGCACCACUGCAGCGACAACUGCCACAGUGCCCACUACCACUGGCACCACUGCAGCGACAACUGCCACAGUGCCCACUACCACUGGCACCACAGCAGCGACAACUGCCACAGUGCCCACUACCACUGGCACCACUGCAGCGACAACAGCCACAGUGCCCACUACCACUGGCACCACUGCAGCGACAACAGCCACAGUGCCCACUACCACUGGCACUGCCCAUUACCACUGGUACCACUCCAGCGACAACAGCCACACUGCCAACUACCACUGGUACAACUGCAGCAACAACAGCAACAGUGCCCACUACCACUGCAGCGACAACAGCCACAUUGCGACAACAGCCACAGUGCCCACUACCACUGGUACCACUGCAGCGACAACAGCUACAGUGCCCACUACCACUGCAGCGACAACAGCCACAGUGCCUACUACCACUGGUACUACAGCCACAGUGCCCACUACCACUGGUACCACUGCAGCAACAACAGCCACAGUGCCCACUACCACUGGUACUACUGCAACAGUGCCCAUUACCACUGGUACCAUUGCAGCGACAACAGCCACAGUGCCCACUACCACUGGUACCACAGCAGUGACAACAGCCACAGUGCCAACUACCACUGGUACAACUGCAGCAACAACAGCCACAUUGCCCAUUACCACUGGUACUACUGCAACAGUGCCCACUACAACUGCAGCAACAACAGCCACAGUGCCCACUACCAUUGGUACCACUGCAGCAACAACAGCCACAUUGCCCAUUACCACUGGUACUACUGCAACAGUGCCCACUACAACUGCAGCAACAACAGCAACAGUGCCCACUACCACUGGUUCCACUGCAGCGACAACUGCAACAGUGCCCACUACCACUGGUACCACUGCAACAGUGCCCACUACAACUGCAGCAACAACAGCAACAGUGCCCACUACCACUGCAGUGACAACUGCAACAGUACCCACUACCACUGGUACCACUGGUACCACUGCAGCAACAACAGCCACAGUGCCCACUACCACUGGUACCACUGCAACAGUGCCCACUACCACUGGUACUACUGCAACAGUGCCCACUACCACUGGUACCACUGCAGCUCCACACCUCUCCAGCAGCCAAAUCUCCCUUCCUCUCUUCUUCAUCUUCAUCAUCUUCCUCGUCUUUGAAAGGAACUGGCUCAAGAUCGGACUCUUUGAUCCUUGCAUCUUCAGCCAAGUGUGA